ACUCCUUCUGGACCCGCAACUCCUUCGAGACGGACUCGGACCUGCCUGCGGGAUGGAUGCGGGUGCAGGACACCUCGGGCACCUACUACUGGCACAUCCCCACCGGCACCACGCAGUGGGAGCCCCCCUCGGGGCUGGCCCGCGGCUCGGCCCCCGGCUCCCCGGGCAACACCCCCUCCGAGGAGCCGCCGCUUGCCUGGACGGGCUUCGCCCCGGCUGAGCGCUUCGGCGAUGGGGAUUUCUGGAAGGACCCCACGGUGGAGGAGGCGGAUGAUGAGCCUGGAGCGCAGGACGAGGAGCCGCCGUCACCGGGCCUGGCCUCGCUGGGUGUGGGCGUGGCCCUGGCCGAGGAGGACAAGCCGGGCUCCAAGUGCUUCGCCGUCCGCUCGCUGGGCUGGGUGGAGAUGAGCGAGGACGAGCUGGCGCCGGGCCGGAGCAGCAUCGCCGUCAACAACUGCAUCCGCCAGCUCUCCCUGCACCAGCGCGGUCCCCCUGGCGCUUCCCCCCAGGGCCGGGCGAUGCUGCUGCUGCUGGAGAACCAGACGCUGAAGCUGGUGGACCCGCAGGAUCAGGCCCUGCUGCACGCGCAGCCCGUGGCCAGCAUCCGCGUCUGGGGCGUGGGGCGCGACAGCGGCAGGGACUUUGCCUAUGUGGCCCGGGACCAGCUGACGCAGAUGCUCAAGUGCCAUGUCUUCCGCUGCGAGAGCCCUGCCAAGAACAUUGCCACCAGCCUGCACGAGGUCUGCUCCCAGAUCAUGGUGGAGCGGCGAAGCGCCCGGGCGCUGGCUAACGGCCUCUCCAUGGACCCCUCCAGGCUGGUGGAGAUCCCCUUUCAGGUGGAGUUCCCGGCGCCCAAGAGCGAGGUGGUGCAGAAGUUCCCGGUGUGCUACCUGGGCUGUGUGCCUGUCGCCAAGCCUGUGGGCAUGGACGUCAUCAACGCGGCGCUGGAGGCAGCGCUGGCCACCGGCAGCAAGGAGCACUGGACCCCCAUCGUGGUCAACGUGGCGCCCGCCACGCUCACCAUCACCCACGAGCAGACGGAGGCGGUGCUGUGCGAGUGCCGCGUGCGGUUCCUGUCCUUCAUGGGGGUGGGCCGGGACGUGCGCUCCUUCGCCUUCAUCAUGGCAAGCGCCCCGGGCGCCUUCCGCUGCCACAUGGUCUGGUGUGAGCCCAACGCCGCGGGGCUGAGCGAGGCGCUGCAGGCUGCCUGCAUGCUGCGCUACCAGAAGUGCCUGGAUGCCCGGCCCCAGGCCUCCAGCUCCUGCCUGCCCGCGCCGCCCGCUGACUCGGUGGCCCGCCGGGUGGGCUCCUCCGUCCGCAGGGGCGUGCAGACCCUGCUGGGCAGCCUGAAGCCCAAGCGCCUCGGGGCCCAGACGCCGUGA